UUAGCUAAUGUCAGGCUGAUUAAUGGAAGUAACUCCUGUUCUGGAAGAGUGGAGGUUCAAUAUAAUGGAAUAUGGGGAACAGUGUGUGAUGAUGGCUGGGAUCUGUCAGAUGCUGCAGUGGUGUGUAAAGAGAUGGGCUGUGGAGAUGUUAUAGAGGCAAAGAGAGCUGCUUAUUUUGGACAGGGAUCAGGACCAGUAUGGCUAAGUGGGUUACAGUGCGCCACUGACUCUACACUGAGAAACUGUAAUUCACAGGGAUGGGGGAAAAACACUUGUGGACAUGAGAAGGAUGCUGGAGUCGCAUGUCAGCGUGAGUACAAAACCUUGUACACAAAAUAAACAUGAUCUUAAUCUAAGCAUGUAAACUUUGAGUCAUCAUAUUUGAUCCACUUAUAACUCUUGUUUUUGUGGGCAUUAGCUAACAUUAGACUGGCUAAUGGCAGAACCUCUUGUUCUGGACGAGUGGAGGUUCUCUAUAAUGGAAUAUGGGGAACAGUGUGUGAUGAUGGCUGGGAUCUGUCAGAUGCUGCAGUGGUGUGUAGAGAACUGGGCUGUGGAGCAGUUUUGGAAGUAAAGACUUCUGCUUAUUAUGGAAAGGGUUCAGGAACAGUAUGGAUGAAUAAUGUAAACUGUUUUGGGAAUGAGUCUACAUUGAUGAGCUGUUCAUAUAACAGAAGUCCAACCAGCUGUGCCCAGAAAGAUGCCGGUGUCAUUUGUGGAUAUAUUAAAGUCCUGUUGAGGAUUAAAGUGAAGGCUGAACUUGGAAUCGACCCAAAUGAUUCUGGAGUCAUAAAUAAACUUUCAGAGGAGAUGAAGAAGCUGGGAAUAAAUGGAACUUUGAAAACUCAGGCAGAUGGAAAAGUCUUAAAAAAGACAAAAUGAAUUGCACCCUGACAUUUUGGUCAUUGCUGGUAUGCAGAGAAGAAAACAAGGAUAAUCUAAUAGGAAAUUGAAUGCUACAAUCUUUUAUACUUCAUAUACAAUAUAUAUAUAUAUAUAUACUUCUAUACAAUCUGACCUUUUAUAAAUAUUAUUAAUAAUUAUCUUAUGUAAGUUUUUCAUACAUGGCAGUGCUUCAUAUAAUAUCCCUGCAAUUUUUGCUUUCCUAAUGACAAUACAUAUUUGUGUUUAGAUUCUAAGAAACUAUCUUUGUGUCAUAUCCUAACUCGCUAACCAACAUUUACAUGUAAUAUAUACAGUAAUCUUGAUGUAUCCAAUAUUGUACAUAUAUGAACCUGUCUGGACUUUUAUAAUUGCACAAAUGCUAUUAGUCUAGUUAACAAUAAUUAAAUUUGAUUUAAUUCCAUUCUAUUUAAUUUAAAACACGAAUUAGAUUCA